GUCAAGAUACCUCUCCCUGCCUACCCAAACACACCAAAAGAAGAGAAAAGAAAAGAGAAAAAAAGGACAAAACAACGCCUAAUCUCUCUCUCUCUCUCUCUUCAAAAUGCAAAACAAAACAACUCGCAGGCAUUAUCAAUGUGAAAGAGCUUUUGGGGGUUUCGCUCUCUUUCCUCUCUCACUCCCCCUCUUUCAAGGCAGUAUUUUGGUACCUUUUCUGUAUUGGGUCUGAGCCAGUUUGACCAGAAACCGAUUGCAAGACCCGAAUCGCCUUCUGGGUCUUGCUCAAUCUUUUAUUUUCUCAUCUGGGUCCUUUUUGUUUUGGGAGAUUUCUGUUUAGAUCCAAGGAAUCUCCACCAUCGGAUAGUUUUUUCUUUCAGGAACAUUGUUUCAAUUCAGAUUAACUGGAAGGCGUCCGUGUUAAAUUCUUCUGAUUUUUAGCCACAGUUUACCUUUCACCAUUCCAAAUAUACAUGGGCUGAAUUGGGCAUUUCAUGGGAAGUGUAGAGGAGGAUGUACCACCCUCGAAACGUGUGAAAUUAUCCUCACAAGAAUCGAGGAGCCUUGCUGAAAACUCAUUUUUCAUAGAGCCUGCCAGCUUGCUUGGAGAUACAAUGGCCCGACCCCUACUGUCCCAAGGGGAUGAAGAGUUGGUUGGUUCUGAAGGAGUUAUCAAAAAGGUGGAAUUUGUUAGAAUCAUAACAAAGGCGCUGUAUUCCCUUGGCUAUGAGAGAAGUGGUGCACUUCUUGAAGAAGAGUCGGGCAUAGCCUUACAUUCGUCCAUGGUUAGCUUAUUUAGGAAGCAAGUGCUUGAUGGGAAUUGGGAUGAAAGCCUGGCCACAUUGAGAAAAAUUGGCCUUUCUGAUGAAAAUGUGAAGUCUGCAUCUUUCUUGGUAUUGGAGCAAAAGUUCUUUGAAUUUCUAGAUAAGGACAGAGUCAUGGAUGCAUUGAAGACACUAAGAUCUGAGAUUUCGACUCUCGGCAUAAACAAAAAGCGGGUGCAUGAGCUUACUGAAUUCAUUGUAUCUCCUAAACAUUAUAGAUUGUUUCGGUUCACCAUUUAUGAUAUUUCGAGUGCAAAGUCACGCAUGGGGCUUCUUGAGAAAUUGCAGAAUUUGCUUCCUCCGGCAGUUCUGAUACCGGAAAGAAGGUUAGAACAUUUGGUUGAACAGGCCCUCAAUGUGCAACGUGAUGCUUGUGUCUUUCACAACUCUUUGGAUAGUGCAUUGUCAUUGUAUUCAGAUCACCAAUGUGGAAAAGAUCAAAUUCCUUCUCAAACUCUUCAGGUACUUCAGGGCCACCUUGAUGAAGUAUGGUUUGUGCAAUUCUCGAAUAAUGGGAAAUAUUUAGCCUCAUCAUCGAACGAUCAAUCUGCAAUUAUAUGGGAGGUCAAUGAAGAUGGCAGAGUAUCUUUGCGGCACACACUAACUGGUCAUAAGAAACCCGUCUUGACCCUUUCUUGGAGUCCCGAUGAUCGGCAGCUUCUCACAUGUGGAUUGGAGGAGGCUGUCAGGCGAUGGGACGUUGACUCAGGUGCAUGCCUACAUGUCUAUGAGAAACCCGGCCUUGGCCUAAUCUCAUGUGACUGGUUCCCUGAUGGGAAGCGGGUGUUUUCCGGUGUGAUGGAUAAGAGCAUCUGCAUGUGGGAUUUGGAUGGGAAAGAGCUGGAAUGUUGGAAAGGGCAGCGGAUGAUUAAGACCUCUGACAUGGCCGUUACAGCUGAUGGGAAGCAGAUUAUAAGCUUGUGUAGGGAAAAGGCAAUCCUUUUGCUUGAUACAGAAGCUCAAAUAGAUAAGGUGAUUGAAGAAAACCAGACGAUCACAUCAUUUUCAUUAUCAAGAGAUGAUAGCUUUUUGCUGGUGAAUCUCAUAAACCAAGAAAUACAUUUGUGGAGCAUAGCGGGUGAGCCGAAACUGGUCACCAAGUACAAAGGUCACAAGCGGACCCGGUUCGUGAUCAGGUCUUGCUUUGGAGGCUUUAAGCAAGCUUUCAUUGCCAGUGGAAGUGAGGAUUCACAGGUUUACAUAUGGCAUAGAAGCACAGGGGACCUCAUAGAAGCAUUGCCCGGUCAUUCCGGUGCCGUCAACUGCGUCAGCUGGAAUCCUGCAAACCCGCAUAUGUUGGCAUCAGCCAGUGACGACCGUACGAUUCGUAUAUGGGGAUUAAGUAGGCCGUGUCUGAAGCGCAAGGAUACGUUUAGCAACGGUGUGGUCCACUGCAAUGGAGGCUCAAAAUGAUUAAAAAAAACACAAACACACAUUGGGCGGUCAGGUAUUUAUUUAAUCUUUCUUGGGUCCUUGAUAUGUAAAUUCUUUUACCUUUGUCUUUGGCAUGAAUAGCAAACAGACGUGUAAAUUAAACACUGCUAUCUGCCAAUAAACCGUUAAUUGCGACCAUUUUUUAGUUGUUUUUUUAAAAUUAAUUUCCUUAAUUGAAGUUUUUUUUUUAGA